CUCCAGGCUCUACCUGUGCUGUGUUUGGCCUGGGAGGGGUCGGCCUCUCUGCUGUUAUGGGCUGUAAAGCAGCUGGAGCAGCCAGAAUCAUUGCGGUGGACAUCAACAAGGACAAAUUUGCAAAGGCCAAAGAGUUGGGUGCUACUGAAUGCAUCAACCCUCAAGACUACAAGAAACCCAUUCAGGAGGUGCUAAAGGAAAUGACUGAUGGAGGUGUGGAUUUUUCGUUUGAAGUCAUCGGUCGGCUUGACACCAUGAUGGCUUCCCUGUUAUGUUGUCAUGAGGCAUGUGGCACAAGUGUCAUCGUAGGGGUACCUCCUGAUUCCCAGAACCUCUCAAUAAACCCUGUGCUGCUACUGACCGGACGCACCUGGAAAGGAGCUAUUUUUGGAGGCUUUAAGAGUAAAGAAUCUGUCCCCAAGCUUGUGUCUGAUAUGGCUAAGAAGUUUUCACUGGAUGCAUUAAUAACAAAUGUCUUACCUUUUGAAAAAAUAAAUGAAGGAUUUGACCUGCUUCGCUCUGGAAAGAGUAUCCGUACCAUCCUGAUGUUUUGAAACAAUGCAGAUGCCUUUCCUUGUAGCAGGCUUCAGCCUCCUCUACCCUACAUGAUCUGGAGCAACAGCUGGGAAAUCAUUAAUUCCUAGCAGAAAUCAUUAAUUCUGCUCUUCAGAGAUGUUAAAAAUAAAGUACACGUGGGAGCUUUCCAAAGAAAUGGAAAUUGAUGUAAAAUUAUUUGUCAAGCAAAUGUUUAAAAUCCAAAUGAGAACUAAAUAAAGUGUUGAAAGUCAGCUGGGGAAUUGAAGCCAAUAAACCAUCCUUCUUAACCAUUC